AUGAAAGAUGAAGGAGAACUUACAAUGAUGAAAGCAAAGUUGGUUUACAAACAAACUUUGGCAGAUUUUGCGUUAGGUUUAAAAUUAGAAACGAAGCUGAAAUUAGGCAAAGACCAAAAUUUUCUAGAAUUAAUUGAAUUUAUGAAAUCUUUAUUAGAAUAG